AUGAAAAAGAACCAGACGGUGCAGGGCACCUUCAGCAAGCUCUUCGGGAAGAAGCACGCCAACCCCGCCGCCACCUCACUCUACGCCACCAACCCCCCGUGGAUUUUCACCCAAGAAGCCCCGGAGGAGGGGACCAGGGAUUUUGAUGGGAUCUAUUAUGGAGACCAUCGGUUCAACACGGUGAGCGAGUCGGGAACGGCCACACUGAAAGCUCGGCCAAGAGUCCGGCCCCUGCUGACCUUCCUUCCACUGAAUGCCCAGGAGAACCAUGGGCUGGCUGUGCCCACCCCUUCUGUCCCAGAAGACUUUGCAGACAAAGAAGUGACAGGUACCAGCUCACUGGUCAAUGGCAACCUCCGACUGUACAGCUCUGUGGGUGACCUGAGGCCUGAGCACUAUGGCCUUAAUCUACUCAUCCCCCCACCUCCCCCAGGCCCAGCCCCUGGGCCACCCCAGGACAUUUCACAACCUCCAGUGGAGGCCCCACCACUGCCUCCAUCUUUCACAGCUCCCCUACCACCUSCUCUGCGGCAGGAAUCCCCACCCCCACCCCCACCCAGCACGGCCCCACCUCCACCUCCAGUACUGGACACCCUAUCCCCCCCACCCGCUCUUUCCCCGCCCUCCACUCCCACCCCUCCUGACUUCAUUCCCCCUGCCCCACCACUGGCCUUUCUAGCCCCUCCGCCACCCUCCUUGCCGGCCCCAGCACCCCCAGCUCCAGUGCCUCCUCAUGCGAUGGGGACUCGUCACUUUCCCCCUGGGGGUGUCACCAAGUGGAAAUCAGAGGUAGCACUGAAUGGCAGGCAGUCAGAGGCCCCUAGAACCAGUCCCCCCAGGAGCCCUGCUGAGCUAAAAGGGAGCCAAAUGGGACCUAACCCAGAGCCCCACCUCACCUUCCCCCGUUCAUUCAAAGUGCCUCCCCCAACCCCAGUCAGGACCUCAUCUAUCCCGAUUCAGGAAGCACAAGGGGCUCCCCCAGAGGAAGAGGGGGCUACCAAGAAGGCCCCCAGCCGCUUUCCACUGCCUCCUAGCUUCCACAUUCGUCCCGCGUCCCAGGUCUACCCAGACAGAGUCCCUGAGCCAGACCCCCCCAAGGAGCCCAGGGCAGAGGCACCAGCGCCAGACAGCCCAAGGCUCAGCCAGCCAGCAACCAAGGAACAAGCAGGGACUCUACCCCCAGCCCCUCCCCUACCCCCUCCUGCACCCCCCCUCCCUCCCCCUGCACCUCCCCUUCCUCCAGGGGCUUCUCCUUUGCCUUCUGCUGGGCAGGCAGCCCCUCCACCUUUCAGGUUUACCAAAAGCCCUAAAUCCAGCUCACCUGCUCUCAAACCCAAGCCCAGACCCCCCAGCCCGCAGGACACCUCCUCUUCAGAACCUGUGGAUUGGCGGGAUCCCAGCCAGAUGGAAAAGCUGCGGAGUGAGCUGGCAGCCUAUCUCUGUGGCUCCAGGAGUCACAAGCCAGGCCCCAAUGUGGCCUCUCAGGACAAAGAGGGCAAGAAGGGCCUCAGUCAGCUAGAGGAGGCAGCCCCCACCAGCCUGCCAGAGAAACCCCCCCCAGGCGCUCCUGAGAAGAGUCCCUGUAGCAGCAGUGUGCCCCUGCCYCCAGUGGACUACAUCCCCCAAGACGCACCAACCCUCAGUGUUCGGCAAAUCCGGAAUGAGCUGGAGGCCAGGCUGUCCUCAGCUGCAGACAAGGAGACCAAGCCCAGCAUCAGGUCUCUACCACCUAAACCUCGGCUGGAAGGGGGAAGAAUUUUUGAAAAUGGGACUGUUAAUGGCAAAUUCUCCAAGCCUAUACCCAAGAAUCCACCAGCUGUACCCACCAUGCCUCUUCCAGCCACAUCACUCCAAUCCAAAGACACACCUGUGCAGGCCACACCACCCAAGACCACACCUGGGCCAGCCACACCACCCAAGGCCACACCUGGGCCAGCCACACCACCCAAGGCCACAUCUGGGCCAGCCACACCACCCAAGGCCACACCUGGGCCAGCCACACCACCCAAGGCCACACCUGGGCUGACCACACCUGAACCAGCCACACCAACCAAGGCCACACCUGAGCCGACCAUAUCAUCUGCAGCCACAACUCUGCCUAUUAGGUCAUCCCAACUGAUGGCAGAAAAGGAGAAGACAGAAUCUCAAGAGAGUAUGGUAUCCUCCCAGCCAGAAGCCAAGGAGCCCAUAUCAGAGGCCAAUAGGCUGCCCAUACCAGAAGCCCCCUCUUCUCCAGCCCUCCUACCAAAGAUGUCCCCUAACCCAGAAGAAGUGCCAUUUCUCUACAAGCCCCAUYGCAGCCAAAACAGCCCUAGCCGCGAGGUUGCUGUGGUGAUGCCUACACUGGCCAGAGGAGGGGCAGCAGAGUCAGAAGAGAAGGAGCCCCAGGGCCUGCCAGUCAAACCCCCUGCCCCAGCCCCGCCUGCUGACCAACUCCUCAGACACCCAGUGACUGGGGAGGUGGUGGAACAGGGCUCCCCCAUGGCCCUGCUCUUGGCAGCCAGGCAGAGAGCACAGAAGGGGAGGUCUGGAGGGGCAGCCCUGGGGCGGUCUUCCCUGCCUGGGAGUCUCCGGGGCCACAGGAGCCAUCCUGAGGCUAGCUCCGACAGCAUCUUCUACAGCGAUGGCCGGCCCAACUCCUUCACUGUGGUUCCCAAGUUACCCAAGGACGCUGAGAAGGACUCCCAGCUGACCUCAGCUGCACCGCCCAUGGCACCCAGUCAGUGGAAGCCCCCGCAGGGAAGAGACCAAGAGCCAAUCCAUCGUCCCAUGUGGACCAAGGCAGAGCCCCGAGUCCCUGUGGCCUGGGAAAGACCAGCUCCCUCCAACCUCUCCCAUGGUCGCCUGCUGCCCAAGUCCUCCUCCUCUCCACCCUCUCCUUCCUACAGGAGGAAGGAGGAGGAAGAGGAACCGGAAUUCAGCUUUGAGGUCAUCCCACCGCCGCCAGAGUUCAGCAAUGACCCUGAGCCCCCCGCCCCGGCCCCGGCCCUCCAGUACGUGGGCUACCGGGGGUCCCCAGCACGGAACAACUUUUCAGACUUGGGGCAGCCCCUGGACGCGGGCCCUGCGGCCCCGCCGGCUCGUGGCUUCUCGCGCUUUCCCGGUGCGCUCUACUCCGGGGCCGGGGGCCUGGAGCGCUUUUCGGGUGGGAGCCGUUCGCUCAUCAAGAAGCGCCUGUACGUCGGGGAGCCUCCCCGCAACCCCGGGCUGCCCCGUGGCGCCCCCGGCCGCAGCCUGAGCACUCCCAACUGCUUCGGACCGGCGCCCGGAGGGCCCUUCGGGGCGCCCGGAGGCCCGGAGAUGCGGCGCGUCAACUCCGCGGGCCGCGCGCCCCCCGGCGGCUUGCACGCGCGCAGGCUGUCCCAGGAGGGCGCUGCCCGGGGCGCCGCGGAGGCCAAGUACAAAGCGCCGGGUGGCGGAGGCGGCGGCGGCGCAGACUACAGCUUCGUCCCUGCUACCGGCAGAUCUCCUCACAUCACUUCCCAUUAUGGAAGCCCCAUCAAUACAUUCACCGUGAGGCCUGGAACCCGUCAUCCCAUCUCCUAUGCCUAYUCAGGAGCUCACCGCAAGGCCACAUCCUGAGCCCAGAGUUCUUUCAGCUCUACUCCAAGGGGUUGGAUCUGCGCACUUGUUUCUGUGGGGGGUGGGAGGGUUGCAGCAGGUAUUAGCCUGACUCAGACAUGGAGGAGUCUGGCUCCCUGAGGACCCUCGAACAAAUGAGCCAGAAGCAGUGGCCUAAGGAAGACUGAGUGGGCUUCUGUUUUCCCGGAGCACCGGAGCUGCUGUGAACUGUAUGCAGAUGGGGGUGGGAGGGGCAAAGGGGAGGAGAGGAGAACGUUCAGGGCCUGGGCGCUGAGUUUCCGUUAUCUGGUAUUAUCUGCUUUAGCAAGAUUUAUUUAAAGCAGUUUUACAAGCAUGGCCUAUGAAACAGGUCCUAGAAGCAAAGGAUGGGUGCUUACUCAUGGGAUGCCUCACAAAGGGCUGAGGACCAUCCCUGUUGGGGUGGGUGCAGGUCACUAGAUAGAUCUCUUUAGCCUCCACCUGUUGCCACCAAGAGGCGAUACCUGGGGUUCCUAGCUGCACGGAAGCAGACCAAUACUAUGCAUGCACAACAUAUGGAGAAGGUGAUGGAAUAGAAGCCUUUUGCAUUGACCAAGGCCACAGACAGGUUAAUUUCUUCUUGACCCUGGCCCUUAGCUACAGGGAGAMCCACAGAGAAAAGACUCGGCAGUUGACAGGAUCACGUCUUGAUUUUUUUUAAUUCGGACCCAUGCAUCCCUGAUUUGGGGAAGCAYGCCCAAGGAGCCAAAAGAUCCAGGACUCAACACCAGGGGUCCUACAUGGCCUGGUUUCAUAUGGGAUUUGGAGGGGGCAUUAGUUCUAACCCCAAUACAUCACCAAUAUCAUUGAUGCCUUAAAAUGUGUAGAAGACUCUGGAAGGCCUUGGAGAGUAGAGACUCAAGAGAAGUUUAUUGUUGAUGGGGAAAUAGGUUUCGAAACAUUAAGAGUGGUAGGACUGGGCCAGUCCAGAGCAGGUGAAACUACAGUAGGGUAAGCAUUGGUCCUUUGCCUGGGCAGUCCAGGUUUAUGCCUGUUUCCAUGAAUUAGGCCCUUUGUAUUUUUUAAAAAGUUCCUAUCUUCAGGUCAAGUUCAGCUGAAUACCUGGGACCAGACCAAGGCUGCCUGUCUAAGUAAGAAGGAGGGCAGGGGAGUGACCCACCUCAUAGGAGCAGGCCAGUAGGGGGCCGCCAGAAAGCAGCUCCCUUUGGGAGUUGACUCUUUUGAUCUAUGGUCACUAGCUGAGGUACUGGGUUGCAGCAACAGAAGUCAAUCACUUCAAGGAAAGAAAGUGCAAGGAAGGUGGGCACCCAGGUGACUAAGGCCAGCCACUCUAAUAGGGCAAGUUCUGGUUACCUGUGUUCAGGCAACAAAUCCCAUCCCAAUACCAGCACUGGCUCUAUAAAUAUGUAUGUAUUUCCUCUACACAAUGUUUUAUAAAAGAGUUCAUUCACUAAUUUAUCUGCUAYAUUAAGGCUUGAGGAGUAGGGUGUGGACUCCCAGCUGUAGACUGUUCUGGGGUGGGUGGA